AUGUUCAAUCAUUUAAGAAAUAAUGCACUAAAAUAUAUUGGAGGAGUUGGAAUAAGUGUUGCAGGAGUAUCAUCAGCAGCAGUUUACCUUUCUGAUGAUUUUGCACAACCACCCGAGUAUCCAUGGAACCAUCGUUUCCCAUGGCAAGCAUUUGAUCACGCUUCGAUUCGUCGUGGUCAUCAAGUAUACACUCAAGUUUGUUCGACCUGUCACUCUCUUGACCUCGUGUCGUACCGUCACUUGAUUGACGUUGCCUACACUGCACAAGAGAUGAAGAAUUUGACUGCCGAACUCACAGUCAUGGACGGCCCAGACAGCGAGGGUGAUAUGUUUGAGAGAAAGGGAACCAUCACUGAUUUCCAUCCCAAGCCAUACCCCAACGCCAACGCUGCCAGAUAUUCCAACAAUGGUGCUUUGCCACCCGAUUUGUCGUUGGUCGUCAAGGCUCGUACUCACCACGAAGAUUACAUCUUUGCCUUGUUGACUGGUUACUCUGACCCACCAGCUGGUGUCAAGGUUGUCGGUGGUCAACACUUUAACCCAUACUUUCCCGGUACCAAGAUUGCCAUGGCCCCACCACUCGCUGAAGGCGCCCUCGAAUACGAUGACGGCACUGAAGCCUCGGUCUCUCAAAUGGCCAAGGACGUAGGCACCUUCCUCGCCUGGGCUUCCGAACCAGAACACGACGAUCGUAAGAAACUCGGUAUCAAGAUCAUCCUCGGUCUCUCUAUCAUUGCUCUCCCAAUGUUUUACUGGAAGCGUUUGAAAUGGAGUACUAUCAAGACUCGUAAAAUUGCUUUCAAAGAUUAA